CUCUGGGGUGGCUAGAGCGACUCGGAGGCGGGGGUGGGGGAGCCCGGAGCCGGCGCGCGGAGGCUUCGGUUCUGGCAGCAGCGGUGCUUCUCCUCCGACCCGGAGCAGCCCUGCAGAGCCCAUGGAGGCCGAAGACGUUGCCCGAGGGGCGGCCCCAGGGCCCCCCCGGCCUGGCCUGGUGCCCGUCUGCAUCAUCGGGGCUGAGGACGAGGAUUUUGAGAAUGAGCUGAAGACGAACCCCGAGGAGCAAAACAACCAGUUCCAGAGCCUGGAUCAGGUGAAGCGACGCCCGGCCCACCUCAUGGCCCUCCUGCAGCACGUGGCCAUGCAGUUCGAGCCGGGACCCCUGCUCUGCUGCCUGCACGCGGACAUACUGGGCUCACUGGGCCCCAAGGAGGCCAAGAAGGCCUUCGGCGACUUCUGCCACAGCUUCCUGGAUAAGUGUGCGAUUCUGCGGGUGUCGGUCCCUCCCACCGUGGCCUUUGAACUUGACCGCACGCGGCUCGAUCUCCUCUCCGAGGACGUGCAGCGGCAGUUCGUGCAGGAGGUGGUGCAGACCCAGCAGGCAGCCGUCAGCCGGCAGCUGGAGGACUUCCGCUCCAAGAAGCUCAUGGGCAUGACACCCUGGGAGCAGGAGCUGAUCCAGCUGGGGGCCUGGGUUGGGCGGGACCGCGCCACCUAUGAGGCCCGCGAGCGGCACCUGGCCGAGCGGCAGCUGACCCACCUGGAAGAGAUGCAACACACCAUUUCUAACGAUGAGGAAAAGAGUGCUGCUGUGGUCAGUGCCAUCACCCUGUACAUGCGCCACCUCGGGGUGCGGACCAAGAGUGGGGACAAGAAGUCGGGGAGGAAUUUCUUCCGGAAAAAGGUGAUGGGGAACCGGCGGUCAGAAGAGCCGACCAAGACCAAGAAAGGACUGAGCAGCUUCCUGGAUGCCGCCCGCUGGAACCGGGGAGAGCCCCAGGCCCCAGAUUUUCGACACCUCAAAGUUGAGGCUGAUGGUGAGAAGCCAGGCCUUACAGAACGUAAGGGAGGUCUGGGGGUGCCCUCCCGGGACCGGAAUGUGGGAGCCCCUGGGCAGGACACCCCCGGAGUUUCUCUGCACCCUCUGUCUGGGGACAGCCCUGACCGGGAACCAGGUGUUGACGCCCUCCCUGAGCUGGGGGACCCGCCCCCGCAGGGCCCAGCCAGCCUGGAGCCUGCAGCGCCCCUGGAGAGCACAGAGGAGGGUGCUGACACGGAGAGCCCCGAGCCUGGAGAUGAGGGGGAGCCGGGCCGAUCGGGACUAGAGCUGGAACCAGAAGAGCCCCCCGGCUGGCGGGAGCUCGUCCCCCCGGGCACCCUGCACAGCCUUCCCAAGAGCCAGGUGAAGCGGCAGGAGGUCAUCAGCGAGCUGCUGGUGACAGAGGCGGCCCACGUGCGCAUGCUGCGGGUGCUGUAUGACCUCUUCUAUCAGCCCAUGGCGGACGGGGGCUUAUUCUCCCUGGAGGAGCUACAGAACAUCUUCCCCAGCCUGGACGAGCUCAUCGAGGUGCAUUCCCUGUUCCUUGAUCGCCUGAUGAAGCGGAGGCAGGACAGUGGCUACCUCAUUGAGGAGAUCGGAGAUGUGCUGCUGGCCCAGUUUGAUGGUACCGAGGGCUCCUGGUUCCAGAAAAUCUCCUCCCGCUUCUGCAGCCGCCAGUCGUUUGCCUUAGAGCAGCUCAAAGCCAAACAGCGCAAGGAGCCUCGGUUCUGUGCCUUUGUGCAGGAGGCCGAGAGCCGCCCCCGGUGCCGCCGCCUGCAGCUGAAGGACAUGAUCCCCACGGAGAUGCAGCGUCUGACCAAGUACCCGCUGCUUCUGCAGAGCAUCGGGCAGAACACAGAAGAGCCUGCGGAUCGGGAGAAAGUGGAGCUGGCGGCUGAGUGCUGCAGGGAAAUUCUGCACCACGUCAACCAAGCCGUGCGCGACAUGGAGGACCUGCUGCGGCUCAAGGAUUAUCAGAGGCGCCUGGAUUUGUCCCACCUUCGGCAGAGCAGCGACCCCAUGCUGAGCGAGUUCAAGAACCUGGACAUCACCAAGAAGAGGCUGGUCCAUGAGGGCCCGCUGACGUGGCGGGUGACUAAGGACAAGGCUGUGGAGGUCCACGUCCUGCUGCUGGACGACCUGCUGCUGCUGCUGCAACGCCAGGAUGAGCGGCUGUUGCUCAAAUCGCACAGCCGGACGCUGACGCCCACACCCGACGGCAAGACCAUGCUGCGGCCGGUGCUGCGGCUCACCUCCGCCAUGACCCGAGAGGUGGCCACUGAUCACAAAGCCUUCUAUGUCAUUUUUACCUGGGACCAGGAGGCCCAGAUCUACGAGCUGGUGGCCCAGACCGUGUCGGAGCGGAAAAACUGGUGUGCCCUCAUCACUGAGACCGCCGGAUCCCUGAAGGUCCCUGCCCGCACCUCCCGACCCAAACACCGGCCCAGCCCCAGCAGCACCCGUGAACCCCUGCUCAGCAGCUCUGAGAACGGCAACGGUGGCCGAGAGAUGCCUCCGGCUGACGGCCGGAUGGAGAGAAUCUUCAGCGCCCUCCUGCCCUUCUGCAGACCAGGCCCUGAGGGCCAGCUCGCCGCCAAGGCCCUUCAGAAAGUGCUGUCCCUGAAGCAGCUCCUGCUUCCCUCGGAGGAAGACAGCGGGGUGGGGCCUCCGCUCGAAGGCGAUGGAGUCCCAGGGGCUGGCCCCCCAAGCCCGGCACAGCCCCAGGAAAUUCGGGAGGAGCUGCUCAGCCUGGAGGAGACCAUUAAACAGCUGGAGGAGGUGGAGGAGGAGUUCUGCCGCCUGAGACUCCUCCUGUCUCCGCUCGGGGAGAACACUGUCCCCCAGUCUGGCUGUACCUGAGGCCCCCUGCCCCAGGCAGG